AUGAUCACCGAGACAAACGACUUUGAUGCCACUCUGCCAUUCUGCUACCUGGCAAAAAGACCACGACAGCCAAAGAGAAAUAUGUGGUGGAUCAAGUUUGUGAGCCCCGACUCAGAACAUUUCCUUAAAAGCAGGAGUUUCUUCUCUCUGGUGGUUCGGCCAGAGUUGUGCAGAAUUUUGAGGAGGAGUGUGAUCAAUUUUUUGCAGGUGGAAAAUCACCAACAACCUUUACUGAAAAACCACAGUACAAGCCAAACUCUAAAUGGUGUUGUUUAUUUUGCCACAUAUUAUGAUACUGACAACAAGAUCCCAGUGUACUCAGCCUACAGGUUUGCAGGGAUAAAGGGCUGCACAAGACUAAAUAACUGGUACAUCGAACCUCAACUUGAUGAUGAUAAAGGAGGACCAAACAUGGCAACUGAGGGGACUAUAAAAGAUAUAAAUCUACGUGGAAAACAUCAAGCUCUCAGUAAAGACUAUGGGAAUUCUGGGUACGACAAAGGUCAUCUGGAACCAGUCUUCCAGGCAGAAUCACAGAGCUGUGCUGACGCCACCUUCACUCUCACUAAUGCUGCUCCACAAGACCCCUCUUUUAACAUCAGUGAAUGGAAGAAACUGGAAGGAAACAAUGCACGAUAUCUAAAGCAAUGUCUAGAUAACAACUAUUCUGUUUUCAUAGUAACAGGGGUGGUUCCAGGUCCUGAAAAGACUCUGAAAGAGAACGUGAACGUGAACGUGCCUAGUCAUUUCUGGACUGCAUACUGCUGCUUAGACCAGAAUAACAGAUGUCAAUUCUCAGACGGGUUUAUUGGAGAGAACAAGAAGAGCACUCCUAAUAAAAUGACUGUGAAUGAUUUAGAGACAAUGUUGAGUGGGCUUUAUAAUGUCAAUCAUUUUAAGGUGUUUAAUGUUUCAGAAUAAAGCUUUAUUGAGCUACUGUCUGAAAGAGAAACUUUACCUAUUUUUUGUUAUUAUAAUUUCUGACUAGACGAUUAUAAUUAUCAGCUGAAUCAUAAUGAGAAUCUUAAAGGAACCAAAAUUCUUCAAUUCAAAGAUGUUUGUAAUUAAUAACUGAAGCAAUUAUAAUGUUUAUGAAUGAAAUGCAUCAUAUAUUACACUAAUAUGGAAUAAAGAUUG